AUGGCUUGUAAUCGCCGAGCACGUAGGGAAACUCCUCCUAUUGAGGAUGAUGAACAGAUGCCUAGGAGGUUUGCGGAUACUUUUGGGCAGUUCUUUCGACAGAUUGCUGCAGCGCUCCCCGGGUCACGUACCGACUACUCUGUGGAACGUGCUAGGAAGCAUGGGGCCCAGACUUUUGCUUCUGCCGCCUCACCUGUUGAGGCUCAGCGGUGGCUUGACAGGAUGGAGAGAGUUUUCUCCCAGAUGGACCUUCCAGAGGACAGGAAAGUGAAUUUGGCAGUACAGUUCCUUGAGGAUACCGCCUGGCAUUGGUGGACUGGUGUGGUCAAUGAUCCUGCAAAUGCUGGCCCGAUGACAUGGGAUAUGUUCAAGGCCCAUUUCUAUGGACGGUACUUUAGUGAUGCCCACCUUAAUCGGAUGCAGGACCAGUUUUUGAAUUUGAAGAAGAGAGAUGAUCAGUCAGUGUUAGAGUUUGAGCAGGAGUUUCUCUCCUUGGCUCACCAUAUGCCGGAUUUGGUUCGUACGGAGCAAAGUAAGAUUCGUAGAUUUGUCCAGGGACUUGGAGGAAAGUUUAAGGAUAAGAUGUUAGGCACACCGUACAAGAGUUUUGGUGAGGCAGUAUCUUAUGCCAUGGACAUUGAGUCGGACUCACCUGCUGGAUUUCACCCUAGGGAUCCUGGUGGCCCUAGCCAGGGUCCAUCUAAGAGGGCUACUUCUACAUCCGGUUCUGGUUCUUCAAUUGGUAGUGGAAAGAGCAGUGGUUCCAGCUCGAAGUCCCGUACUAGAUUCAGGGGACGUGUCAGGAGAUUCUCUCGGGGUCAGUUUAGUGGACAACAGUCGGGGCAGCUUGAGAGGUCCAAGAGUUAUCAUGGUGGUUCGAGUGGGACUUCUUCUAGUCAGUCAGCUCAAUUUGGGCAGUAUCAGACAGUGGGGUGUUUCAUGUGUGGUCAGCAGGAUCACUUUAGGAGGGACUGCCCUCUUUUGACUCAGGGAGCCAUAUCUACCCCCACUCAGACUGUUGGCCAGUCCUCUGUUGGCGGUUCUACUAGUAGUGCCCGCACUAGCUCGGUAGGUCGAGCUGGUUCUCAGCAGACCAGGGGUCAGCGGGGUCGUCCUGUGACACAUGCUAGACUGCACGCCAUGACCCAGCAGGAGGGCCGUGACUCACCGAAGGUUAUCGUUGGUACGUUAUUUAUUUUUAAUCAGCCUGCUUUAACCUUAAUUGACCCUGGUGCUACGCACUCAUUUAUGUCUAGUAAAUUCGCAUGUUUUGCAAAUGUUCCAUCAUCACUCCUUAUUGGCGAGUGGUAUGUUUCUUUACCUGCGGGAGGAGCACUUAAGAUAGAUUGGGUUUUUAAUGGUUGUGGUGUAAUGGUUGAUGGUUUUUUGCCUGGAGGUCAAUCUAAUUCCUCUAGAUCUUGUUGA